CAUCUCUAUUAUUAUACGUGGCUUUAUUCAGGUUAUAGUUUUUCCCCUGUAACCAAGUCAUGGCCACCCCACUAAAGAAGGGGUGAUUUCAGCACUGCAGAAAUCCAGCCUGAAAGUCUGCUCAGAUGAGAAUGUCCCUGGCACAGAGAGUGCUGCUGACGUGGUUCUUCACAUUGCUGUUUCUGAUCUUGCUGGUACUAAAACUCUAUCAAAAAGCUCUUGUGAAGUGGUUUCUUAUUUUCAUCCCAAAAUGGGCUCUUGAUGUCAUACUACUAGUCAUGUUGACUGUAAGCAUGGUCGGUCACUGUAAAUCCGGCUAUGACCAUAGGAAUGGUUCGCAGAAUAUGAAGAGAAAAAUGUGGUACCUGAUGGCUAUGCUGCUAAAUAUAGCAUUUUGUUCAACUCUUUGUGCAAUGCUGGAAAAGCAUGUCAACCUGAAAUUUACUUUUGCUUUCAUUCCACUCUGGGCACGGUUGAUUGGAGGGAUGUUUGAACUUGGGUAUAGUAUAUUUUGCAGCAAUCUAACUCCAAAUUGUCCUUUAUCUCAAGUAGUACACUUGAUAUUUCCAAAGAAUUUCAGCCACUCUUGCACUAGACAUGUUCAUCAGGAGAAAAAGUUAAAACCACGUUUGAGAGAGUGGUUAGAUUUUCACAAGACAUUUUAAAGCAGCUUUGUUUGAACAACCGCGUUUUGAAUGUGUGAUUUGUUUUUGUUUUUUUCUUC